AAUUAUUCGUACGAAUGGACACUGGCUGCGAUAAAGAAACCAUAUCUCGUAACACUCGAUGAAUCUGAAAAUAAAAUGAUAGGAGGACAUCGAUUCCGAGUUAUCAAAGUUCUUCAGGAUAAAUUACAAUUUCGUUAUUCCAUUGCUAAGCCAGUUGACGAUUACUUCGGAGGAUUAAGCGAAAAUGGAACAUGGACGGAAAUGAUUGGAAAAAUUGCCAGACAAGAUGUGGAUAUGGGAAUAAUCCCGUUCUUUAUAAGUUUUGAUUUGUUCUCCUCAAUGCAGUUUUCUGCAACGGUUGGAUAUCAUAACAUAGUGUUUGUUGUUAAAGCUCCUGAAAAACUAUCCAACUGGGGUUCGAUUAUAGCUCCAUUUUCUCUUACGGAUGUGGAUAUGGGAAUAAUCCCGUUCUUUAUUAGUUAUGAUUUGUUCUCCUCAAUGAAGUUUUCUGCAACGGUUGGAUAUCACAACAUAGUGUUUGUUGUUAAAGCUCCUGAAAAACUAUCCAACUGGGGUUCGAUUAUAGCUCCAUUUUCUCUUACGGUGUGGAUCUCUUUGUUUGUUUGCCUGAUUGCGUUUGGAUUAGCGUUACACAAAGUGUUAGAACUGGACUUUUCUUUGCAAGGUACAAAAAUAUUUUUGAGAAGAAGUGAGGUCUUCUGGAAUUUGUUUUGUACCUUUGUAAAUGAAGGAAUGAAUCUCUACUUUGUAAAAAGGUUUCCAUCAAGAUUUUUGAUAGGAAUAUGGUGGUUAUCAAUCGUUGUCAUUGUAUCUAGUUAUAGCGGAACUCUAAUGUCAUUUUUGACUUAUCCCUUGACUGAAUCUGUUCCAAGAACAAUAGAAGAAUUAUCAAAUUCCGUUCUUACAAAUGAAUAUUCUUGUGGAACUAUCGGUAAAGCCACGAUAUGGAGAUCAAUAAGUGUAAGUAUACCUGUAGUAUAG